CAGUCCGCGAGCCGCGCUCUGCGUUCCCGAACGGAUCGCUCUCGCCAUCUUGAUUUCUGAACGUACGAAAUAAUUCGAACGCGCCAAUGCUAUUUGAAUUCCGAACGGUCGGGAUGAAUUCCAAAAUUAAAUAUUAAAAACUGUUGAAGUUUUUGUAUGUGUGAAGUGUGGUUGAAAGUUUGUUGAGACUGUGUACAGGAGUUUAUGGAGUGAUUUAAUUUAAGGUCGAUGAACCGAGGGAUGGAGUGACGUCACGUCCGGCGUACGUGUGGUUUGACCGGCAGUGUUUCAAAGGAAUGCCUUAGAAACCGUGAUGUGAAAAACUGACCAACAUGUGGUUCCCGCUUUUAGUGUGGUUAUUUACAUAUUUAGGGAUGUCAGUGGGCGGCGACGGCAACGUGUCCUCCACUACAGAGACUACCCCGGCGCUGGAGGAGCCCGAGCCGUCGUCGCAGCCCUACUUCGACAACGCGACCAAGCGGGAGUACACCGCCGCGGUCGGACAGCCGGCGUACCUGCACUGCAGGGUGAAGAAUCUUGGCGAUCGCGCUGUAUCCUGGAUCCGCAAGCGUGACCUGCACAUCCUCACAGUCGGGGUGCACACGUACAGCAGCGACGCGCGGUUCGCGGCGCUCCACACGGACGGCUCCGACGUGUGGACCAUGCGCGUUGCUCCGGCGCAGCCGAGGGACUCUGGUGCUUACGAGUGCCAGGUGUCGACUGAGCCGAAGAUCAGCCUGUCGUUCCGGCUCACUGUUGUUGUAUCGAAGGCGGAGAUUCUCUCGGGCCCCGAGCUGUUCGUACGCGCCGGAUCCGACAUAAACCUGACGUGCAUCGCGCGGCACGCCCCGGACCCGCCUAGCUUCAUCUACUGGUACCGAGGCACCAACGUGGUGAAUUACGCGCAGCGCGGCGGCAUCAGCGUGGAGACGGAGCAGCGGACCCGCACCAGCCGGCUGUUGAUAGCACGCGCUUCGCCGCGGGACUCGGGCAACUACACCUGCGCGCCUAGUAGCUCAGAUUCAGCAUCGGUGGUGGUACACGUAGUCAGCGGCGAGAGACCGGCUGCAAUGCAGAGCGACACAACGAAACUAGCGCCAUCCCUCUCACUCAUCCUACUUCUCAGCACCACCAGUCAAUCUUCUAUCACUCUCCCUCUCAACACGUUCCUAUGGUACUUACUCGUGCCAUUCUUCGAACUCAUCAGUAAUUUUAAUUUGAAUGCUCUCAAGAAAUCCUUGUGCCAAAAUAGAUGACCAGAAAAUUAAGUCUUUUAUGUAUUUGUAAAGAGGCAUUAAAUGCUAAUACGUAAUUGAUGUUAUGUGUGUAAGAUAUCAUUGUGUUUACAUUUUAAAACGAAUUAAUAGUUUAAGGGUCUAGGAGAUUUUCUUCGUGAAUGUAAAUAGUACCUACUUACCUACAUAUAUGUACAUACUUAUUUAAUAUAUGUGUCGAUAAAAACAAUGAGUAUGAUUACAAUUUGGUGGCUUAAAAAGAAAUGGGCUAUGAUACGUUAGCCAUGAAAAAAAUCCUGUGACAU